CUGGGUGAAGGUAAAGAGUGAUCAUGUGGACAUUGGUGCUCCUCCUCACAAUAGGAAUAGUGGAUUUGGGUAUUGGCCAACACUACAGCCAGAUCCAGUGGCUGUCCCACCUGCGCAGGCGGCAAUGGCACGCUGGCUUGCAGGCUGAGGAUGCGGAUUGCCCCCUGGAGUGUAACUGCCCCUCAGCCUACCCCACAGCCAUGUACUGUCAUAGCCGCAACCUUCAGCAUGUUCCCUAUGUUCCCUCGCAUAUAAAGUAUGUCUACCUGCAGCAUAACCAGAUCACAGGCAUCCAGGAUGGGGUGUUUGACAACGCUACCAACCUGGUCUGGAUUGUGUUAUUUCACAACAAGCUCAGCUCAGACAAAAUCGGCAAGAACGUCUUCAGCAAGCUCAAGAACUUGGAUCGGCUCCUCUUGGAUCACAAUGACCUAACACAUGUGCCUCCUAACUUGCCCACUUCAAUCACAGACCUGCGACUUGGGCACAACAAGAUAUCAAAACUCCUCUCCAGCUCAUUCGAGGGGAUGGCCAACCUCACCACCCUUCAUCUCCAAGCAAAUGACAUAGAAGACGUUGGAGGUGUGUUCAAGGGGUUCAAGUCUCUGACAAUGCUGGAUAUCAGGAAAAACAAGCUAAGGAAAAUCCCUGGCAACCUCCCUGUGAUGGUGCAACAGCUAUACCUGGAAUUUAAUAAUAUAGAAAGCAUUCCAGCAGACUUUCUCACCAUGUAUCCCAAACUGCAGUUUGUCCGCUUGGCUCAUAACAAGCUGACUGAUAAAGGACUUCCUUCCAGUGUCUUCAAUAUCAGCACAUUGGUCGAGCUUGACCUGUCCUUCAAUAAACUGGAAAAGAUCCCUGUUGUCAGUAUGAACCUGGAGAACCUUUACUUGCAAGGCAAUAAGAUUAAAGAGUUCUCCCUGAGCAGUUUCUGCAGUGCUGUUGACAUGUCAAACUUCUCCAGGCUGAAGAUGCUCCGUCUCGAUGCUAAUGAGAUCAGUGCCAAAGACAUUCCUGCUGAAGCCGCCUACUGUUUGCGGCUUGUUGCUUUCAUUGAUGUGUAG